AUGGUAUGGUCCUUCUCCUCCUCCUCCCUCCUCUUCCUCCUCCUCUUUCGCCUGCUCAUCCUUCUCCAGCUGCCCUGGCCUACACCAGCCCCCUGCCACACGGCCACCCGUGCUGAGUGCCGCCGCCAAGAGAGAUUUGUACCCGGCUGGGAGCUGGCAGGGGAAGGCAUAGAUAUCACCACGCUGCACCCAACUGGCUACUUCCCUGUGGAUACCCAUAAAUUCACGCGUCCCGAUGGUACCUGCACCCUAUGCCGCAAUGAUCUGCAGGAGGGUCAGCUUCAGCGCCUUCCCUUGGCCAUCACAGACUGGCGCAGCCAGAGUCCUAAGUGUCAACGGAAUGUAGUCAAGAAUGAGGCUUCCUCUGUCGUGGAAGUGGCUGCCCAGAUGUCCAAGAAAAUCAAGAAUGACUGGAAGGUGGGCCUGGACGUCCAGCCCAAGCCCAAUGUCAACGUACACAUGUCUUUGUCAGGGUCCCACUCCAAAGAAGCCCAGUUCGCAGCUGAAAAGAAACACCUGGAUGAGUACAGUUUCACCACUGAGUUGGUUCAGUGUCAAAACUACAGAUUCCACCUGGUAGAGAAACCCCCGCUGAGUCGGGAGUUCAUUCAGGCUGUCAGGGCACUGCCCCUCCAGUUUAAUGCCUCCACUCGAGGCUACUAUUUCAGGCUCAUCAAGAACUACGGCACCCACUUUCUCAAGGCCGUGGAGCUGGGGGGAAGGGUGACGGACAUCACCGCCCUUCGCACAUGCAAGCUCUCUCUGGAUGGGCUCAAGGCCAAUGAGGUGAGCUCCUGCCUCAAAGUGGAGGCAGCCGUUACUGUGGGGACUUCUGUUAGCACCGCAGACGCUGAGAAAUGUUUGGAGAAGAAGAAGAACCACAACAUCCGGGGCUCUUUCCAUUCCACCUACAAUGAGCGCCAAGUGGACAUCGAGGGAGGUGCUUUGAGCGAGGGCUCAAGCGACCUGCUCUUCUCAGAUCAUAAUGGCUCGGAGAAGUUCACAGAAUGGAUGAGCACACUGUCCAGUAAGCCUGGCCUUUUGGCCUACGCCCUGGAACCCCUGCACUUCCUCCUGGGAUCUAAGAAUCCCCAACGGGAGGAGCUAAGAAAGGCUGUGAGUGACUACAUACUCCACAGAGCCCGGUGGCAGGACUGUAAUAAGCCAUGCCCUCCGGGGCAGAGGAAAAGCCCCCAAAACCCAUGCCACUGUGUGUGCCAAGCUUCCACCCUCACCAACGGUGACUGCUGCCCCCGGGAGAGGGGGCUGGCCCAUCUUGAAGUGACCGGCUUGAGUGCCAGGAACCUACAUGGAGACACCUUCUCCAAUACUGAUGGCUACAUAAAGGCUUUCUUCGGUGACAAGGAACUGAGGACCUAUGUGGUAUGGAACGACAACAAUCCCAAAUGGGACCAGAAUCUGGACUUCGGGGCCGUGCAGUUGAUAACUGGGGGACCCCUGAGGCUGCAGGUGUGGGAUGCAGACCACGGUUGGGACGACGACCUUCUGGGCUCUUGUGAUCGUGUGCCAGUGGCAGGAGGACGACGGAAGGAGCAAUGUCAUUUCAGUCGUGGCUUCCUAACAUUCCAUUACCAAGUGACGUGCGCCCCACAUCUCAAGGGGGACAAAUGUCUAGAGUAUGCCCCUCGUGGAGCUCUUGGGGAGCCAGUGGGAAACCGGAGUGGAGCUGUGUGGUAA